GUACCAUAUCACGUGACCACCCCUCGAUAGGAGUUUCUAAGACAGAUGAGUUGCUGCUAAAUGCUUUUUCUCACCUGUGACGUUGAGCCGUUUUAACUAUAGUGGGUCGAAGUUUCGUAAAAUGGGAGACAAGAAGAGUCCGACGAGGCCAAAGCGGCAAUCCAAGCCCUCUUCCGACGAUGGGUACUGGGACUGUAGUGUCUGUACGUUCAGGAACAGCGCUGAGGCGUUUAAGUGCAUGAUGUGUGAUGUCAGGAAGGGGACGUCAACUCGAAAACCACGGCCUGUUUCUCAGCUGGUUGCACAGCAAGUAAAUCAGCAGUUUGCACCACCCACACACCCCAAAAAGGAGAAGAAAGAAAAGUCAGAGAAAGACAAGAGUGAUAAAGAACCAGCACUGAAAAAGAAAAGCCAUAAAAAGAUGAGGCCCAGAUUAAAAAACAUAGACAGGAGCAGCGCCCAGCAUCUAGAGGUCACAGUUGGAGACUUAACAGUAAUAAUCACAGACUUUAAGGAGAAAGCCAAACCAACAUCUACUUCAACAAGCGCUGCCUCAGCAGACCAACACAGUCAAAGUGGUUCAAGCUCUGAUAACACUGAACGAGUGCUUUCCAGGUGCUCCUCUCCCCGUGGGGAAGGCUCGUCGGUUAAUGGAGAGACUCACUAACCUUCACAGUCCCAGUCAGUACAGCUCAUUCUUCUGCACUCUCAACAGUCUCAACCAGAGAUCGAACUUCAGUAUGCACGUUUUUGUUUUGUUUGUUGCUUUUUUUUUUUUUUGUCUUUUUUUUAUGCCAAUAUGAUUGCAUUCACUUCCAUUUGGGGUUGUAUUUUUCACUGCCUUCCUAUGAUGAUGAAAAAUUCAGGAGAAACAGUGUAUGCUGUAUGCUUUAUUGAAAAAACUGUUGUAGCAGAAUCUAUCAUAAUGAACUAAAAAGAGGAACAGUCACAUUAGCAUUAAAUCCUGGCCGUUCGGGAACUGUGCCAGAUUGUGGUGAGGUGUUUUAACACAUCAGUGUUGCAUCAGCAUUACACUCAGGUGGUCAUUGCUGCACAGAAUAAAUGAUGCAUUAUGAAAGAAAAUGUGAAGAAGUCAUCAGAAUCGUAGCUUAUCCUUGAAUUUUGUUAUCAUUAUUUGCACUUAAAGGCACCCUAUAUUCAUGAUAAAGAAUAUUUUUUAGCAUUAUUUCCACUUUGCCAUUAUCACUAUCAUAACACUGUUGGUUACUGGCCUAAUCCAGCUCUCGUUUUAUGCCAUUGGAUGCAAUAAUUGUUUCAUGGUCAAACGUGAGUAAAACUAUUGAACAAUUAUUCUAAGUAUGCUUCUUAACUUGGUAGAAUUAAGCAUGAAUUAAUCUAUAGAAUGGUUUAUACUGUAAAAUAUUAAAUAAAGUUCUAGAUACUUGAA